AUGGAAGAUAUAAAAAACACAACAUUAGAGGAGAUAGUGUGUUAUGAACCAUCUAUGAUAACAACAGAUGGGAUAUGGUCAGGACAAAACCCUUUGAACUAUGCUCUUCCUCUCUUCCUCUUGCAAGUAGUUUUAGUUGUGACUGCCACCCGCAUAUGCGAAUUCAUACUCAAGCCCAUUCGCCAGCCACGCGUCAUUUCUGAAAUCUUGGGAGGAGUAAUAUUGGGUCCUUCGGUGCUUGGGAGAAGCAAAACAUUUGCUGAUGCAGUGUUUCCUCUAAGAAGUGUGAUGGUGAUUGAAACAAUGGCAAACGUUGGUCUCAUUUAUUUUCUCUUCUUGUUGGGAGUGGGGAUGGAUGCAUCUGCAUUACGAAGGAUUGGUAAAAAAUCAGUGACCAUAGCAGUUGCUGGUAUGAUCUUGCCUUUUAGCAUUGGAGCAAUCUUCUCCUUCUUUCUGAUUGGAGAUCAUAAAGGAGGAACUACCAAAGGCUCUUACAUCAUACUCCUUGGUGUUGUUCUCUCUGUCACAGCACUUCCUGUCCUUGCUAGGAUCCUAGUAGAGCUCAAACUCAUCAACACAGAGAUGGGAAGAGUUGCUCUUUCAUCUGCACUCGUUACUGAUGUGUGUUCUUGGGCGCUCUUGGCUGUAUCCAUAGCCUUGGCCGCAAAUGAAAAACCUUCCUUGGCUUCCCUAAUGGUUUUGUUGUCAAGCGCAUUGUUUGUGGCCGUUUAUGCUUUUGCAGUGCGACCUGCACUCAUGUGGAUCGUAAGGAAUACCCCGGAAGGUCAAUCAUUCAGUGAUUUCUAUAUAUGUCUGAUAUUAGCAGGUGUCAUGAUCUCAGGUUUCAUCACAGAUUCUUUUGGAACCCAUUCUGUUUUUGGAGCUUUUGUGUUUGGUUUGACAAUCCCAAAUGGACCACUCGGUCUUGCUCUUGUUGAAAAGCUCGAGGACUUCAUUUCGGGACUUUUGCUCCCUCUCUUUUUCGCCAUCAGUGGACUAAAGACUAAUUUAGGUCUCAUCAACAGGUUAUUCACUUGGGCAAUUUUAAUCAUUCUUGUUGUUCUGGCUUGCAUUGGCAAAAUCGUUGGAACUGUAAUCGUUGCUCUCUCCUAUCAAAUGUCACUUAGUGAAGGAGCAGCACUUGGCUUGCUCAUGAACACAAAAGGCCUUGUUGAAAUUGUCGUGCUUAAUGUUGGUAGGGACCAGAAGGUUUUGGACGAGGAAUCAUUUGCAACCAUGGUGAUUAUAACUGUUCUAAUGACAGGAAUAAUUGUACCUGGCAUAUCAGCUUUAUACAAACCAUCAAGGGGGUUCAUAUCUUACAAAAGAAGAACCAUUCAGAUGUCAAAACGAGAUGCAGAGUUCAGAGUCCUUGUGUGUGUCCAUACCCCUCGGAAUGUAUCAACAAUAAUCAACCUCAUUGAAGCCUCUAAUCCAACAAAGAAGUCUCCAAUAUGCAUCUAUUUGCUCCAUUUGGUCGAACUCACUGGCCGUGCAUCUGCAUUGCUCAUUGUCCACAGCUCUAGGAAACCAGCUGAUCCCCCUGCCUUGAAUAGGAAUCAAGCUCAAUCUGAACACAUAAUCAGUGCCUUCGAAAACUAUGAGCAACAUGCUGAUAAUGUCUCAGUCCAGCCAUUAACAGCAGUAUCCCCUCAUUCCACCAUGCAUGAAGAUAUUUGCAAUUUGGCCGUGGAUAAGCGUGUUGCUUUCAUCAUCAUUCCUUUUCAUAAACAACAAACAGUUGAUGGUGGAAUGGAAACUGCAAACUUGGCUAUUCGCACUGUCAACCAGAAUGUACUAGCGAAAGCACCUUGCUCAGUUGGGAUUCUAGUUGAUAGAGGCUUAAAUGGCUCCAACCGCAUAGCUGCAGAUCAAUUGUCUAAUCAUGUGGCUGUGUUGUUUUUUGGAGGGCCAGAUGAUAGAGAAGCAUUGAGCUAUGGAUGGAGGAUGUCAGAACAUCCAGGGGUAACCCUUACCAUAAUGCGUUUUGUUCCAGGAAAAGAAGUGACAAGGCCAGUGUUGCAGCCUAGUACUGUCAACCCAGAUGAACCGAGGAUACUUAAUGUGGAAACAGAUCAAGAUACAGAGAAGCAACUUGAUGAGAAGCUUGUAAAUAUGCUUAUGAUGGGUCAUGAAUAUGAUGACUCAAUUGUUUACAUUGAAAAGGUGGUUAACAAUGGGGAGGAGACAAUGGCAGCAAUAAGGUCAACGAAUGAUGUUCAUGACCUUUUCAUAGUUGGGAGAGGCCAAGGAAUGAUAUCACCACUCACAGCAGGACUCACUGAUUGGAGUGAGUGCCCAGAGUUAGGAGCAAUUGGUGAUUUGUUAGCAUCAUCAGAUUUUGUAGCAACUGGUUCGGUGUUGGUAGUGCAACAAUAUGUUGGGGCAGGGUCAGAGGAAGAUGAGUUGGGAACACCAGACAAUUCAGGGAUGACAAAUGAAGAAUAUGUCAAUCAGAUGAGCCAUCAUUCAACACCUUCAAGGGGACAUACUGUGUUCAAUACAGAUCAUUUGUGA